ACUCGUUGCUUGGGAUUCCUCCGCUCGCGGCAAAAACCUCCGACCGAGCAGAUAAGGCGCGGCCACCACCCCCGACCACCGCCACCGGCCAUGGUCGGCGUCGCCGCCGGCUUCGCGUUCGCGCCGGCCGUGUCCCGGCGGCUGCCAUACAGGCCGUGCUGCUCCACCGCCCACGCCUCGGUGCCCUCCUCCUCGGCGCGGUCGUCGCUGGCCGCGCGGCAGGGGCGGCCGCGGCGGCUCGUCGCGGUCGCCCGCUACUCCGCGUACGGGAGCGACGAGGAAGACGACGAGGAGGGCGGGGCCGGGCGGCGGGACCGCCCCGAGCAGGAGCAGGACCCCGCCCUCGACAUCGAGCGUAUCCAGUCUUCGACCGUCAGGCUGUUGGAUGCCCAGAAAAAUAUGGUUGGUGUUAUAUCUGUAAGCGAGGCAGUUCGAAUUGCAGAUGAAAAUGAUCUUAUGCUGGCAAUAUUGUCACUAGAUGGAGAUCCUCCAGUACUCCGACUCUUUGAAGAGAAAGAUUACAAAAAACACAAGUACGAACAACAGAAGAAGAAAAGAGUUCAGCAGAAAAGAUCCGUUGCAAAACGCAUGGGCUUGAAAGAGCUGAAAAUGGGGUACAACAUUGAUAUUCAUGAUUACAGUGUGAGACUUAGAGCUGCAAAGAAAUUUCUUAAAGCCGGUGACAAGGUUAAGAUAGUGGUAAACUUGAAAGGUCGGGAGAACUUGUACAAAAAACAAGCGAUUGAACUUCUCAGAAGAUUCCAAACUGAUGUUGGUGAGCUAGCGACAGAAGGAAGUAAGAAUUUUGCGGAGAGGAAUAUAUAUUUGAUUCUUGUACCCAAUAAACUAGCUAUACAGAAAGAACAAGAUGGGGUGAGCAAAAAGGAUGCUGUGGAAGGAGAGACGGACCAAUCGGACGAUGAACUGGACGGGGACGAGACUCUGAUCGAACAACUGGAGGGAAGUAGUUUGGAUGGGGAUGAGCCCGUGAUAGAACUGGAGGAAAGUAAGGAACCUGAGACAGAAGUCUCAGCAAAUGUUUGAUUUAGCUGUAAAGGCCAAGGGCGCCAUCUCUGAUUUUAGAAGGUACCAAUACUGUUCAUGUAAAUACAAGGAUGGUGCUAUUGUACUUGUACUCGCCGUCCUUUGCCUGAUGAAGCAGAAGAGCUGUCCACCACCGCCGUUCCCUGGGGAGUCAGACAGAACAAAACCCUGUGAUAUCAAGAAGCUGGGGGCUACCAUCUGAACAUUUUGGUUUUGGGGCCUCGAAUCAUCAUCUCACAUUGCACCAACAGAAUCUACUAAACGGCUUGGGACCGUGCAGUGAGUCAGUAACAGUCAUGGUGAUUGUUAGGAAAGUUCGCUUGUGUUGCCUGGUGCGGCAUUGUUGUCAGCAAGGUUUUGUUUUGGCGCUGUCGUUCGCAAAUCCUAGUUGGUGUUGUGGUUGUGGAGAAGAUCAGUAGUCGUAUCUUGUUUAUCAAAUGGUUGCUUUCGGAUUUUUUUGACAUUUGGCUGGAAGUGCCUAAGAAGAGGGAGUGUAUGCUGUUCACUGUGGACAGCAAUUUCUAUCUAGUUUUCAUAUUUUUUUUGUAAGUAUAAAUACAUUUUUCUCCGCGCGCUUCAA